AACAUGAGGCAGAAGAGAAAAGGAGAUCUCAGCCGUGCAGAGCUGAUGAUGAUGACGAUAGCGGACAUCAUAAAGCAGUUAAUCGAGGCCCAUGAGCAGGGGAAAGAUGUGAAUCUGAACAAGCUGAAAACGAAGGCGUCAGCCAAGUACGGGCUCUCGGCGCAGCCUCGUUUGGUCGACAUCAUUGCGGCUGUUCCGCCCCAGUACCGCAAGGUGCUGGUGCCCAAGCUCAAAGCCAAGCCCAUCAGAACUGCCAGUGGGAUUGCUGUCGUGGCUGUGAUGUGUAAACCACAUAGGUGUCCACAUGUUAACUUCACAGGCAACAUAUGUGUAUACUGCCCAGGUGGACCUGAUUCUGAUUUUGAAUAUUCAACCCAGUCUUACACCGGAUAUGAGCCAACAUCUAUGAGGGCCAUUCGAGCUAGAUAUGACCCCUACCUUCAGACAAGACAUCGAGUUGAACAGCUGAAGCAGUUGGGCCACAGCGUGGAUAAGGUGGAGUUCAUUGUGAUGGGGGGAACUUUCAUGGCCCUGCCUGAAGACUACAGGGAUUACUUCAUCCGUAACCUGCACGAUGCCUUGUCAGGACACACUUCUAACAAUGUAGCAGAGGCUGUCAGGUACUCAGAGCGAAGCCUCACAAAGUGCAUUGGGAUAACGAUAGAGACCAGGCCGGAUUACUGCCUCAAGCGGCACCUAAGUGACAUGCUGUCCUAYGGCUGCACCAGGCUGGAGAUCGGCGUGCAGAGCGUGUACGAGGACGUGGCCAGGGACACCAACAGAGGUCACACCGUGAAGGCCGUGUGCGAGUCCUUCCACCUGGCCAAGGACGCCGGCUUCAAAGUGGUCGCGCACAUGAUGCCCGAUCUGCCCAACGUGGGCCUCGAAAGGGACAUCGACCAGUUUGUCGAGUUUUUUGAGAAUCCUGCCUUUCGCCCGGAUGGGAUGAAGCUCUAUCCAACGCUCGUGAUCCGUGGCACGGGUCUGUAUGAGCUGUGGAAAACUGGGAGGUACAAGAGCUACCCUCCCAGCACCCUCGUGGAUCUGGUGGCCAGGAUCCUGGCUCUUGUCCCACCCUGGACACGAGUGUAUCGCRUUCAGAGAGAUAUCCCGAUGCCACUAGUGAGCUCUGGAGUGGAGCACGGGAACCUGAGAGAGCUUGCCCUGGCCAGGAUGAAGGAUUUUGGGACACAGUGUCGUGACGUAAGGACGAGAGAGGUUGGAAUUCAAGAGAUUCACCAUAAAGUGAGGCCUUAUCAGAUUGAAUUAGUUAGAAGAGAUUAUGUGGCGAACGGAGGCUGGGAGACCUUCCUGGCCUACGAGGAUCCGGAGCAGGAUAUCCUCGUGGGCCUCCUGCGCCUGCGCAAGUGUUCGGAGGAGUCGUUCCGAGCGGAGCUCAAGGGAGGCGUCUCCAUAGUCCGGGAGCUGCACGUCUAUGGGAGCGUGGUCCCCGUGAGCAGCCGGGAUCCUUCCAAGUUCCAGCAUCAGGGAUUUGGCAUGUUGCUGAUGGAGGAGGCAGAAAGAAUAGCCAAAGAGGAGCACGGGUCAUGGAAAAUUGCUGUUAUUUCAGGUGUCGGAACCAGGAACUACUACAGGAAGUUGGGCUACGAGCUGGAGGGGCCCUACAUGGUGAAGCGGCUGCAGUGACGCGGCGGGCGGCCGGCCCCGCGGCCCUCAUCCCGCACGUGUGGAGAAACCCGCAGCUUCCGCCRUCAGGCCCUUCUGCUCCUCAAGGGUUGAAACCAGCUUUCGCAUYGUUCUCCGCGCUGACACGGCUCCUUGGUUAUCCCAAGGGACGCGACUCCGCUCUUUCCAAGGACCCCGUGAGCUGUUUCCUUGCUGGUGGCGCUCGAGUUGAUAACCUCAAACAAGGCUGAGACACGAGGUGUGGAGAUAACCAAGGCUGGAGGGAGCAGCGCGACCCUCCUCGGAGCAGCAGCCCCGUUCGGCUCCACGGAGGACGAGUCCCCGYGCGGCUCCCUGCUCUGCUGCAACCCCGGGAAGGUUUUCCUGGCGCCUGGAUCCUCCCGGUGCAGCUGGUGCCUGGCGCCCCCCUGCAAUCUGGUGUCCUCCCAGCGCGGGCACCGCUGGAAACGCUGCCCGCGGGCAGGGCCGGCGCUGCCGGAGCCUGUGGGAGCUUUMUGGCAAAGUAAACCAAAUGCUGGGGCUGCUUCUUAGCUUCCCGCGUGCGUCUCUUUUUUCCUCCUGUGCAGGCCGUUUUCAGCCACACUUUUUUGAGUGCAAUAUUAGUAAAUGCCCAAGGAUUCGAGCAGGAUUAGGCCUGGAUUAGCAAAAAGUGGCACUUCUUGUGCCCAAGCUGCAGCCCUGGGGUCUCAGCCCCAUCCGGGGCUCCUUCCCCGCUGUAUCUCCCUGCCGGGAAGCGCAUCCUGCUCCAUCCCUCUUUCCUCCCCUUUUCCAGUGUGCAGUUCCAUGGGAGUUUGGCUGGACGAGGCUCAUGCUCCCAGGCAUGGGAGCAGCCCCUGGCUUGGGCUGCACCCGAGGAUGGGGAGGGAAAAAUCACGGGAUUUGGGAGCCUGGCAGCGAGGGUCUCAUGCUGGGACCCCUCCAAGGGGGAGCUCCGGCCCCCCUGAGCACAAAGGAAUUCCUCCAGGAAUAAUAUA